AUGAAGUACUUGGCCGCUUACCUAUUAUUGAACGCCUCCGGUGCCACUCCAUCCGCCGACAAAGUCCAAGCUGUUUUGGAAUCUGUUGGUAUCGAAGUUGAAGCCGACAAGGUCUCUUCUUUGAUGACUGCUUUGGAAGGUAAGUCUGUCGAAGAAUUGGUUGCCGAAGGUACUGAAAAGAUGGCUUCUGUUCCAGCUGCUGGUCCAGCCGCCUCUGGUUCUGCUGGUGCCGCUGCUGGUGCUGCUGAUGCCGCUGAAGAAGCUGCUGCUGAAGAAGCUGAAGAAUCCGACGACGACAUGGGUUUCGGUUUAUUCGAUUAA